CGGCGGGCGAGCGGGCGGGCGAGCCACCACCGAGCAGGAGUGUAAUCUUUGGCUGCUGCAGCGCUUGCCCACACGCCGCUCGGCUCGGAGCCACCGCCGUCGAACGUCAGUAGCAGGAGAUUUUGCAGAGGUUGCGCCCGCCCGCCCGCCCGCCUUUCCGUCGGCCGCUUGGCGAGAUGCUCACCCUUUAACUGGCCUGCUCGGCAGCCGAUCGAGGAAGGAAGAAGCAUCCCCUGCCCGACGGGGCGCGCCUGCUGCUCAGGCUUAUCUGUCCGUGUGCUGGUGCUGCGGCUGCCGCCGGAGGAUGGUGGCGUCGGGAGGCGCGACGUGUAGCCCCUGCCUCUUGCGUCCCGAGCCUCGCCGCCUGCCCUGAAUACAACAUGGGCUGCCUGCUGCUGCUACUGGUGACGCUCUUCGUGGCCGCCGUCGCCCUCGGGGUGCCGCUCACCACCACCAGGGUCGUGCACACCCACUCUGGAAAGCUGCAGGGCUUCGUGAAGAAGGUGUCCACCGGCUCCUUUACCUCCCAGUCGCUCAAGCCCGUCGAGGUGUUCCUGGGCAUUCCCUAUGCGAUUCCUCCCGUCCGCGCGUACCGGUUCAGUCCGACUCGGACACCGCUGCCUUGGGACGGCGUCAAGAUGGCGGACACGAUGGCGCCGGUGUGUCCCCAGCGAUUUCCGGACAUCUCCAACGAGACGGUCAGCCUAGAAAAAAUGCCCAAGGGAAGACUCGAGUACCUCCGUCGGCUGCUCACCCACCUCCAGAACCAGAGUGAAGACUGCCUUUACCUCAACGUGUACGCUCCUGCCCAGGCCGUCGGCCCCCCGGAGAUGAUGGAGCGCUACCCGGUGAUGGUCUACAUCCACGGAGAGUCCUUCGAGUGGAACUCGGGCAACCCGUACGACGGCUCGGUGCUGGCCAGCUACACGGACGUCGUCGUGGUCACCCUCAAUUAUAGGCUCGGCGUGCUCGGCUUCCUGAACGCCAACAGCGCGCCGCAAGCGAAGGCCCGAGUGGCCAACUACGGCCUGAUGGACCAGAUAGCCGCGCUCCACUGGAUACAGCAAAAUAUUGCCCUCUUUGGCGGCGAUCCAGGCAACGUGACCCUCUUCGGCCACGGCACCGGCGCCGCCUGCAUAAAUUUCCUCAUGAUCUCACCGACCGUGGUGCCAGGUCUGUUCCACCGGGCAAUCCUGCUGUCGGGCUCUGCCCUGAGCAGCUGGGCGCUGGUCGAGCAGCCGGCCACUUACGCGCUCAGGUUGGCGCACCAGCUCAAUUGCUCGCUGCCGGAGGACUCGCGUCGGGACCACGAGCGCGUCGUCGACUGCCUGCGCUCGGCGCCGUUGGACGCGCUGCUCAAGGCCGACGUGGCGACUCCCGCGUUCACCAGUGCCUUCGGUCCGUCCGUCGACGGCAUCGUCAUCCGGCCUGGCUUCCGCAAGGAACUGGUCGCCGGCCAGAAGCGACGCAGCUCCGGUGCCUCCGCCGCCGCCUCCGCCGCAGCCGCCGCAGCAGGUGUGAUGAGCGACUCGAGCACGUCGACGAGCGUGUCGAACCGCAACUACGACCUGCUCUUCGGAGUGGUCACCAACGAGGCCCUCUUCCACUUUUCCGCGCAAGACGUGCAGGCCGGAUUCGAGGGCGAGAGAAGGGACAAGAUUUUUCGGACCUACGUCCGCAACACCUACAACUACCAUCUCAACGAGAUCUUCUUCACCGUCGUCAACGAGUACACGGACUGGGAGCGGACGGUGCAGCACCCGAUCAACACGCGUGACGCGACCAUCGCCGCGCUGAGCGACGCUCAAUACGUCGCGCCCGUCGUGCACACGGGCGACCUGCUCUCGCGUACGGGCUCCUCGCACAACGGCCCCAAGUGCUUCUUCUACGUCUUCGACUACCAGACCAAAGACGGCGACUACCCACAGCGGAUGGGAACUGUUCACGGCGAGGAGCUGCCCUACGUGUUCGGCGCGCCGCUGGUCGACGGCUUCAGCCACUUUCCGAGGAACUACACCCGCUCCGAGGUCUCCCUCUCAGAGGCUGUGAUGCUCUUCUGGGCCAGUUUCGCACGCACCGGAGACCCCAACGAGCAUAUGAAAACAGAAUCCAUUCUCUCGAGCUCCAAGGAGAGGAAUCGCUUCCGCAACAUCGUGUGGGAGGAGUACGAUGCCGUGCACCAGAAGUACUUGGAAAUCAGCAUGAAGCCGCGCACCAAGAACCACUUCCGGGCCCACCAGCUGUCCGUGUGGCUGCGGCUGGUGCCGGAGCUGCACCGGGCUGGCAUGGAGGACGUGUCGACAAGGCACAACCUGUUUCGCAACCACAACGACCCUGACAUCUACGACGGCUCGGUGCGAGCCCUCGACGCCAUCUACUACGGCACCCUGGACGCCGACUACAGCACAACGGGGCCCGGGGGCCGCCGGGGCAACGAGACGGCCCUGGUGCCGAGCGGCGAGCCCAUGCUGACGACGUGCGUGAGCAUCAUCGCGGCGCCGACGACGGCGUCGGGACUGUUGGCCGGACGAAACCAGUCGGACGCGAUGGCCAGCCUGGAGGCCAUCCCCGGCUAUGGCGCCUACUCGACGGCACUCAGCGUCACAAUCGCCAUCGGCUGCUCGCUGCUCAUCCUUAACGUGCUCAUUUUCGCCGGAGUUUACUACCAGAGAGACAAGCACCGGCUCGAAGUGAAAAACAUGCAGGAGCAGCAGCGCGGCGGUUUCGCCGGCGACAAGAUUCACCUGGAGGCGAUGGACGAUAACCCGAUCACGACGACGGUGAUCCUGAACGCGCCCACUACCACCCUGACGCCGGCCGGCGGCAUCCUAAUGAACCAGAGCUCACCCACGUCCAAGGGCAAGCACCUGAGCAACAAAUACCACACCCUGCACUACAUGCAGCACCUGGACAAGGCUCACCACGCCGCCGCCCCGCCCACCGCCACGGCCAUCACCAUCCUCGAUCACCAACAACAUAUCAUCACGCGAAACCAGCAUUCCGCUCGAUGUCCCUGCUCGCAGGUGCCGCAGUCGAUGCUGAUGGAGCACUCGACCUUCCUGUGCCGGCCGCCGGAGCACGCGACGGCCACUCCGCCCAACGGAUCCAUGGUGCAUCUGAACGUGCCGCGGCCGCCACCCCCGCCGCGUGUCGAGGCCAGCCACCUUGCCACACUGCCGCGCCACAAACCAUCCUCUGGGGGAGGAGGGGUUGCUGACAACGGUUCGCUGCCCCCGCAGGCCGACGUGCGCGUCUGACACUCUGGUGGCGCGAGAUAAACGGUUCCUCUAUCUCUCUCUGUGAGUUAGACAGGAAGAAGAGGGAAAAAGUUUGUGAGAAAAUUCGAAAGCCAUCCACCGAGCGACAAGGAACUGCGUUUGUUUGCCGGACAAUCUCUCGGACGUCUGAUUCGGAAGUAGUGAUGCCCCGCCCCCCUCGAUUGAGUUAUGUCACAAGCGUAAUUCUAGCCCUCAGGUUCUUAACGAAGUGGGUGCGUGCGAGUUUGUGAGCGAUUCAGUAAUAGAUUUCGUCUGCACCAUCAACGCACCGUAUUAAAAUUUUCAAGGAUUCGUCGAUUUUAAUCACUUCUCAAUUUAAAUUUUACACUCGACAGAACCUCUUUUGUCGACAUCUGUACAAAAGAAAAUUUUAAUAGCUUUAUUAUUGGACCAGAUAGGACAGCUUUGAAGGUUUUGUCGAGAAAAUUUACACCUUUAUUCGAACCGACCAAGUUGCUGCACGCGUUUUCAUGAGCUGACGAUUUGAUUUCACGCGCACUCCUCGGUGUGAGUGUUGAAUGUCAAACAUAAAUGUAUCCAGUUUCCGAAGAUCAAAGUGGUGCUUCAAUAUGUAAACAUAGCAUCGGCGUUGCCACGAAAAUGUGCCAAAUUUUUUGAGCCGCCACUGUUCUGCGUGUUCGUUGAUUUCCUCAGAAGUCGCUCUCGAUUAUGACCAUAGUUCCGAUUGUAGACGUAGCUCAUUUGUAUAGAGUACACAUCAGGUUAGCCGAAGUUUCGUUCCUAACCUUGUGAAUCGCGCACAAACUCAGGCGCGAGCAGUUGUUAUCUUUAAGAUGAUAGACUCGUCAUAAAACUGUUCCAACUCAAAAGUGAAAAGUGCGAAAGAACAAACACGGAUCGCCAAGCAAGAGACACGGACGAAAUUGGGAGUGAAUUACGUGCAAAUUGAAACACUCACACGAAUCUGCUGAAUAUGUUGUUGAAGUGUUACAUUUUAUAUAUGUAAAAAGAGAUGACAAUUUUUCUAUGAGAAAAUACCUAAAAUAUAUAUACAUACACACAAGACACGAGGUAUAUACUGUAAAAAUUAAGGUACGGAAAUGAAUACGCUCGACCGCCAAAAUCGACAAACACUACACUGGACUCGAACAACCGCAUCUUUGUUUGGAGACAAUUAUUUAUUCUUGAUGUUACACACGCGCAGAUGAGAUGAGAAUAAAAUUGACGAAAAUCACUAUUAACGUU